UCUGGUAUCACUUCUUAUCCAGAGUGUUCUAAAGAAGGAGAAGACACGCCCAGAGCUGAUAUACAGCUCACUCCUCUUCCACCGGGUCAAAGUCUACAGCAGCUAACAAAAGACUUACACCGGAUCUCAACUCCAGCGAUCUCACUUGGAAACGAGGACCAAAACAAAAAAACAAAAAAACUAAACUUCGUAUUUUGCUAACAGAUGGAUUCCCUGCUCAGAUGCAGCCUUUUCUUUCUGCUAAUAUACUUCCUCACUCUUGUUCCUGUGACGGUGGAAGGACAUGGUAAAGUACUCAGGAGGCAGAAAAGAGAAUGGAUCCUAGCUCCCAGAAACCUUACCGAGGGAUUUGACUACACCACUUACGACUUCGUUGCUAAGAUUCGCUCAGACAAGGAGACAUCUCAGGAGAUAAUAUACUCUUUAACUGGUCCUGGUGUAAAUGAAUACCCACAGGGCAGAUUUUCUGUUGACCGGAAGACUGGCUUUGUUAAGGUCCACUCCAUUCUGGACCGAGAGGAAAAGGCACAGUAUCAUCUUCUUGGUGUGGCAAAAUACCAUGAUGGGACUCGUGCUGAGAACGACAUCACUCUCGUUAUUAAUGUCGUGGACAUUAAUGACUGCACUCCUGUCAUAAAGAUGGAGCAAGUUGGAGAAGUCAGCGAACACAGCAAAUUCGGUACUGUUGUCAUGAAAGUGAUAGCAACAGAUGAUGAUGAUCCGACCACUGACAAUGCCAGGAUCUUCUACAGAAUAGAUGAGAGCACUAAUGCUGACGGGAUGUUCACCAUCAACCAACGAACAGGAGAGGUCAUGGUUGCAAAGACCACUCUAGAUAGAGAGACCAAAAGCGUAUAUAAGUUGACCAUUCUGGCUUCUGACAUGGGAGGCAGAGCAGGAGGACACACAGCGACUGGUGAAAUUGAGAUUAGACUCACAGACAUAAAUGACAAUAUACCAACACUGGGACAAGAAACGUAUGAAGGACGAGUGGAGGAGAACACAAUUGGUGUUGAAGUUCUAAGGAUACAAGCGAUUGACCUGGAUCUGAUCCAAACAGACAACUGGUUUGCUUUGUAUGAAAUUGUUUCCGGGAAUGAGGGAGGUUACUUUGAAAUCACAACUGACAGACAGACCAACGAGGGAGUCGUCAGAAUUAUUAAGGCCGUGGACUACGAGGAAAUAAAAACGUUAAGUCUCGGAAUCAAGGUCAGAAAUGUAGCAGAGUACAACUUCGGCAGCAGCACGGUGAUUUCAGGCGCUUCGUCAUCCAAGUCGUAUCCCGUCAAAAUCAAUGUUGUCAAUCAGAAAGAGGGGGCUCGAUUCCAGCCCAAUGUAAAAGUGGUGACCGUCUCUGAGGAAAAAACUUCUAUAUCCCUGACAAAAGUAAUAGCAACAUACGCUGCUAUUGACAGUGACACGCUGAAGACUGCCACAAACGUGAGAUAUGCAAAGUUGUUUGAUAAAGACAACUGGUUUUCAAUUGAUGAAAAAACUGCAGAAAUCAGGUUGAACAAAUAUCCCGACCGAGAGUCAAUUUAUUUGAUCAAUGGAACAUACUAUGCCCAAAUUAUUUGCAUAACUGACGACAUCCCUGCUAAAACUGCAACAGGAACCAUUGCCAUUCAGGUGGAGGACCACAACGACCAUUGUCCACAUCUGACCUCAACAGCUCAAACCAUGUGCUUUGGUGAAAAUGUUAUUUAUGUCACGGCAAAGGAUGGAGAUAUGUACCCCAAUGGACCACCAUUUACAUUUGAUUUGAUUCAAGCGGACAGCAAACACAAGUGGAGUUUAGAGCCCUUUAAUGAAACCACGGUCAUUCUUCGAAGCCAGGGAAAGCUGUGGCAUGGCAACUACAAAGUGACCCUGAAUGUCAAGGACCAGCAAGGAAAGUCGUGCGAUGAUCUCCAGAAACUCGAUAUAACUGUGUGCACAUGUGAUGGAAACACCAAGGCCUGCAAUUUACGCAGAAAAAGCAACGUAAAAUUUGGACCUGGCGGUAUCUUGCUCUUGCUGCUGGGACUCUUGCUCCUUCUGUUGAUUCCCCUUCUGCUGCUCUUCUGCCUGUGUGGAAAUGCCGCAAGAGAUUUUAAGGCUAUUCCCUUCGAGGCGAACGAACAUCUCAUCUCGUAUCACACCGAGGGACAGGGGGAAGACAAGGACGUUCCUCUUGUUCCAGUGCAUGUUGAUGGCAGCACCAUAAAUACAAAGAACAUCAACAUGUCUGGCGGAGCUGCGUACCUUGAUAAUUUAGCUGGUGCUGGAAUGGGUGGAGGUGGAACCUUGACAGGAGAGGAGAUGUGGAUGGACAACAAAUACAACUACUACCAUGCAAACCGAGAUCAGAUGGGUUUCAUGGGCGCAGGGACUAUGAGGGGUCAAGAGAUGGGUUUCAUGGGCGCAGGGACAAUGACGGGCCAAGAGAUGAGCUUCUCCAAGCAAAGACUGACAGCCUUCGACGGAAUGGCCCUGCCAGAGCAUUAUCUGGGGCAAUACUAUUCAGUUAAAUCAAGACAAGCUCCACAGCAAUAUGUGGAGAAGGACAAAGAAGUGAUCUAUCAAUACGAGGAAGAAGACUCUCAGGGAGCUUCUGUGGGAUGCUGCAGCCUCCUUGAAAAUGAAAAUGAUCUUGCCUUCCUUAAUGACCUGGGGCCAAAAUUCAAAACUCUGGCUGAAAUCUGCAAUGGAAAGUCCCUGGAGAGCACUUCGGUGGAUGUGGGACUUUCUAAUCUCUCGAAGGAAACCACGUUCACUGCUAGGCCAUCCACCUCGACUCACACGCAGGUCCAUACCCACACGGAGACGAUUAGAGACAGAGAGCCUGUCAAUGUCAACACCCUCAAUACCUUCAGCAAAGCAUCUGGGUCUUCUACCCUCAUCCAAGAGGAGCGAAUUACUGAGCGCGCCAAGGCUUCGGCAACUCUUCCUAAAGUCAAAGAGACAGUUGUCAUCCCUAACCAAACACUUCUUAUACAGCAGCCUGCUAUGUACUACGCAGCAGCUGCCCCCAUGUAUGUAGUUGAGUCAAAUCCCCAGAUGGUGCUUGUGUCAGGGGGAACUCAGCAGGUGGUUGGUCAGGUGAGUCAACCUGGGCUCAGUCAAGGAUUAAUACAAGUUGGAGGCUUCCCAAGUUCUCAGGGUGUGGUGCUGGUUGAAGGGCAAGUGGGAAUGAAUGGAGUGUCUGGGCAGGUGGCACAGGGCUCCUCACAGGGAGCCGUCUCAACUACAAACACUCAGAUGUUUGUAGUUGAGAAUGGAUCUUCUGGUGGAAAGCACAGCACACAAUACUURCAGAGCUCUCCUCGUGUACCACAGAGGUCUUCACAGGCAGGAUUUGAGGUGGGAGGAAAAGGAGUUCAGGUGAAGUCAUUUUCUGCGGGCUCACGUGGUUCUGCAGGAUCAAGGGAAGACUUUACACUCGCAACCACACCCAGGCUCCAAGGAGGCCAGAGGGUUGUUGUUCAGCAUAAAAAGGUCUCUGUGACUGAGAGAAAUAUCGAGUCAAACACAUAAAUUACUGCCUUGUUUUGCUUAUCCGCUGAGGUCACACAUGUAUAUGCUUGUUAAGAAAUGCACUACAGCAGAGAGAGAUUUGGGUCAGACUUUUAAACUGCUUGGCCUUUGGCUUUAUUCAAAUACUGACUGCUUUUACACAUGAAAACACAUAAGUGUUAAGAGUUCCAUGAAUGCAUUAACUGACUUCUUUGAUGCAUAAUUUUCUUCACCCCCUACUGAGUGAAAGUAUGAUAAUAUACAUGCCAUACAAUAGCACUGAGAAGCCUAUGUUUAUUUUAGGUUAAAAACAAGUCAAGAAAAAAAAACAUUUUUAAAAAGGUUUACAUUUGUGACUUAAUGUCUGUUAUAACAGGCAGAGUUGCAUCACUUCCUAUUUUGUCUGAAGGUGUAAUUUUUCUGGAAAAAAAACAAAAACAUAUUUUCUAUAUUAUUAAAAUGGAAUAAAUGCAGCUUACCAAAAACAUAUAUAUUUUUUAUUAAUAAUCACUGUUUUAUUGUCGUUCCUUUGUAUCACAUGUUGGUAUUUUUGCAAUUAUUUGUACAUGGAAACUGAUAAGUGCCAAACUGUUCAUCGUGUCGUCCUGUUUUUUCCCAAGGUGUUGUGCUUUUUAAUUAAGUAUCUCGCAUUUUGUUAGGUUUUUUUUUUGUGUAUGUCACCAAGUAAUUUGGGUUUCCUAGAAUAAUAUAGAAUUACAUUGCAAAAUAAUAACUUAUGCCAGGGUGAUACGGUUUCUUGCUGCUGUUGCUGCUUGUAUUUUUGUCUUGUUUUGUCGUAUGCUGAUGGAAUGUAGCCUUGGAGCUAAACUGGCCUGAAAAUGAAGAUUUGUUUCUGUUAUUUGCACCUGAUGUCAGUAUAAAAUCAAACAAUAAAACAAUACGUGUUUAGACUACAACAACAUUUUUACUUUGUCAUAGAUACGAAUACGCGUUUGUGUAUAUUUAGCUUAUCUUUCAUCAGUUAUUUUAAUUGUAAAGGUGUAAGUUAAUUUUUUGAAUUUUACUAGAUCGGUGGGUAUGGAUCACAUCUGACAGAAUCUUACACUUUUAAAAAUCUUGUUUUUAAUAAAGUAAUUUUUGUCAAUAA